AUGCCGAACCAGACUGGCAGCGGGUUCCAAUGGGAUAAACUAUCGCCUGCUGAGUUCCAGCAACUGCAAGAGCUUACCUCUUAUUCGAGCAGAAAAUUGCAAGAUGUCCUCAACGAGCUGUGCGAAGUGCGGAAACAAAAUCCCGACGGGGAUAUCGACUAUGAAGGCUUCAAGUGGUUUCUGGACACGUUCCUCGAGGUCUCCACUCCUGAUGAAUUAUCCAGACAUUUGUUUCUGUCAUUCGUCCGGAGGGAUAAGAGGCCGGCGCUUCGCGAAAUGGCGGCGGCGAGUUCUACAGCCGCAUGCGCAGCCGUCACGGCUCACGGGGACCAUCAGGGUAAACUAAGCCUCGCCUCUAAGAUCCAUGGCCUAGCAGAACGGUUGCAGCAGCUCGGGAAGAGUUCCAGCGAUUCCGUGGAUGGAGAUAAGGGCUCGAGGAGUAGAACUGGCAGCGUCCACCCGAUGUUUUCCGUGACCACCCACCCGUCCUACUCCUCACACGAGCUGGGCAUAGGAAGGAACGAGACGAGCCCCUCCCACAGCCAGAUGUCCAGGAAUUCCAGCAGGAAGAGCAGCAAUUCGCUGCGAGUCAAUCAGUCGACUAAAAUUGAGGACUUUAAACACCUGAUGCGGCGUUCUUCAACUCUGGAAGUCCACACGGCUCGAGUUUCACUAAAGGACAUCGUCUGCUAUUUGUCGCUUCUGGAAGCUGGUAGACCAGAAGACAAACUCGAAUUUAUGUUCCGCCUUUACGACACCGAUGGCAACGGCGUUCUGGACACAAAUGAGAUGGACUGCAUCGUCAACCAGAUGAUGACGGUGGCUGAGUAUCUUGGUUGGGAGACAUCCGAACUUCGGCCGAUACUUCAAGACAUGAUGGUUGAAAUCGAUUACGACGCUGAUGGGACUGUCUCCCUCGACGAGUGGAAAAGAGGAGGGAUGACAACGAUACCCUUGCUCGUUCUACUCGGUCUGGACACAAACGUGAAGGAGGAUGGAGAGCACGCCUGGAGACUGAAGCACUUCAACAGACCGGCUUACUGCAACCUUUGUUUGAACCUUCUCGUCGGGCUCGGAAAGAAAGGACUAUGUUGUAUAUUCUGCAAGUUCACAGUGCACGAGAGAUGCGUGCAACGUGCGCCUGCGUCGUGCAUCGCGACAUAUUGCAAGGCGAGGCGAGCGCCCUCGACUCUUGCGCAUCAUUGGGUCGAAGGCAAUUGUCACGGAAAAUGCGCGCGUUGUCGGAAAAAGAUCAAAGGGUACAACGGAAUCACAGGGCUCCAUUGUCGCUGGUGUCACAUUACUCUUCACAAUCGCUGCGUGGGCAGUGCGGGUGGUGCUUGCACACUUGGUCGUCAUGCCAAGCACAUUCUACCACCCACAGCCAUCAGACCGUUGGUGCUAGACCGACAACGUUCAUUGCCUCAUAGGCCACAGGCAGAACAGCAAAUGCUUCCUGUCUCAAUUUCCCUACCGAUAUCUAUAUCCGCGGGGACAGAAGAGAAGAAAGAACAGAAAAAGGAGCACCGCGCUCCCCCCAUCUCGUUUCAGAUAACCCCCCCCCCGGAGGUUCACGAUAUCGCUAAGGGUGGACCUAUGCAAGGUCUUCAGAUGUUCAAAGACGUGAAAAACUACAGGGUAAUAUGCUGUGGUGGUGAUGGUACAGUUGGCUGGGUGCUGGAGACUAUGGAUAAGAUCCAAAUGGAAACCCAACCAGCAGUGGGGGUGAUACCACUUGGAACUGGUAACGACCUCGCCAGGUGUUUAAGAUGGGGAGGAGGCUACGAAGGCGAAUCGAUACACAAGAUCCUGGACAAAAUAGCCCGAGCUAGUACAAUCAUGAUGGACAGAUGGCAGAUUCAUAUUGAAAUAUAUAGUCACGAUUGCGAGUUGGUCCAGAUGCCAGAUUCGGCGCCACAUCCCACUUCUGUACCAUACAAUAUCAUCAAUAAUUACUUUUCUAUUGGAGUGGAUGCAGCGAUUUGCGUGAAAUUCCACACAGAGAGGGAGAGGAACCCUGACAAAUUCAGCUCCCGGAUGAAGAAUAAGCUUUGGUACUUCGAGUUCGCUACGUCAGAGCAGUUCGCUGCUAGUUGCAAAAACCUACACGAGAAUAUCGAUAUUGUUUGUGAUGGAUCAUCUCUAGAACUAAGCAAAGGACCGGCUCUACAGGGUGUUGCUUUACUGAAUAUACCAUAUGCCCACGGUGGGUCUAAUUUGUGGGGAGCCAGCGGCGCGCAUAGGAGGGGAAGGUUUCCCAAUGCACAGCAAGAUAUUGGAGAUAAAUUAAUAGAGGUGAUAGGAUUGGAGAAUUGCUUGCACAUGGGGCAAGUGCGAACAGAUGUACCGUCGAAGGAAAACAAAAACAAGAUCUCCGUUCCUUCAGCCCCUCAGGCUCUCUUAGAUCUUUCCCCCUCUCUUACCUCUGAAACAUCAGCACCCUGUAUCAGUCCUAUAUCAUCACGCCUUAUUAACUCAAACCAAACCACGAACACAGAAGCGAAAAACUGGUUAGACAAAGGCAAAGAGGCACUAAGAAGCUCCCGAAACCUAAAAACAGAACUUAAAGUCAUAAUUGAAAAAUCCAUUUUUAACUUGUAUAAAAUAGCAAUUUCCACUUCCCCUGAAAAUCCCUCUUUACCUUCGCAGCUAGAACUUCCUCCGCCUUCAUCUGCUCCUACUGAGCCCAUCACUCCAGAUAACCCUCAGCCUCUUUUAACACCCCCUUUUGAAGUAUGGACCAAUAAGAUUGAUAACCACACAAAACUACUUGAGGAAAAUACAAAGACCCUAAAUAAACUCAUGAAUAAAAUGAAAAAUAUAACAAGCAACAAAAACGCAAGCAGUAACGCUACUCCCGAACUCCCCGGCCCCCCCAAUGACCCAGCCAUACGCUCGUAUGCGACCAUAGCCUCCCUGCCCAAACCAUCGGGCCCUUCACUGGUUGUCAGUGGAGAGGCAAACUCCUCUGCACAGGCCCUAAUAGAACACAUCCGCAAAGACAUCAAUUUCCGAGAAGGAGGAUAUGCUCCACAGCAAAUCACACCCUUGUCCAAAGGCAAAAUACGCGUCACUUUCGAUAGUGACGAUAAUAGAAAGGACGCAAUGAGGCAACUUGCUAAAUCACGAACCCUUAAGGCAGAGGAAGAAAGGAGAUUUGACCCCCUCAUCUGCCUCAAAGGAAUCUCCAAAACCACCCCAAAAUCUGACGUAGUUCAAAUGAUCAAAGAACAAAAUCCAACGCUUAAAGAAGCUAACCUUAAAAUAAAAUUCCAGCGUGACAAUCGAAACGAUAAACUAUACAACCUCGUGUUAUCAACUACACCCGCCACUUGGCGCGCUCUCAUUGAGUUGGGUCGAGUUGCUAUCUCAUAUCAGCGCGUUCACUGCAGCGACUUCUCUCCUUUCCUGCAAUGCAGAAACUGUCUAGGUUUCGGUCACACGAAAAAUCGCUGCCCAGCAAGCACCCCAAGUUGUGCCAAAUGCGCCUCUACCCACCCCACAAGAGAGUGCCCCAAGGAAUCAUCCGCGACACCAACGUCUCGCCUUGCAUUCCACGAGUUUAAACUACACUUCUUAAACAACGACACAGACAUCGCACUUAUUUCAGAACCAUACAUAGGUAAACACACCACAGGUCUCCGGACUUUUCAAUCCAAUAAGGACGAACCCACUAAAGCCUGCAUUAUCACCAAAACACACAUUAAUGCACACAUUCUCUCAGAAUACACAACCAAUAACAUCGUCACCAUCGCGAUCACUACUCACUCAGUAACACUAUACGUUGCAUCAGUCUACAUCGAACCGGUCAACGACAUUAGCCAAACUCUCUCAUUGCUCGAAAAAUUCCUUACGUACAACCCAAACGCGCAUGUCUUAAUAGGAGGCGAUUUUAACGCAUGGCAUCCACUUUGGGGCAGCGGAAAAUACGCACGCUAUAAUAAUAGGGGCCGCGAUCUUGUAGACGUCAUUCACGCCACAGACCUCUUCAUUUGUAAUACCGGAAACACACCCACUUUCGAAACAUUUACACACGGACAAUCACGGUCUUCGAUUAUCGAUCUAACCCUUGCUUCCUCCCCGAUAAACAAUAAAAUUACAGAAUGGACCGUCCAGCAAAAUCUUUUCCCACAUUCGCACCACAAUCCGAUCACCUUUAAAUAUAACCAAUCAAACAAUCCAAUUGUUAAAGCAAAACCAAACAGCACAUUUAAAUAUAAAACCCAAAAAGCAAACUGGCAUGCCUUUAAAGAAUCACUACACACAAACAUAGCAAACUGUGACAUUCUUGAAACAAACUUCCGCGUUCUCACCCCAAAAGAACUAGACAAUACUGUAACUAAAUUAACAGAACUCAUUAAUCAAGCAGCCGGAGAAACACUUCCCUCGCGCUCUCAUUCUCACAAACCUAAAGCACCCUGGUGGAAUAACCACCUGGAAGAACUCGGAGCCACGUGCAGGCAACUGCACCACCAACUUAACCGCGCCUCCAGAGGAAACAACCCACCACCUACGGACCUCGUCAACGCAUACACACAAGCGAAGGAUUCGUACUCCACCGCCAUGCGCAAGGCUUCAACAGACAGCUUUAGGGAAUUUUGCGAAACACAAAACAAGGAAAAUGUUUGGUCGGUCACCAAUCGUCUUCUCAAAACAUCCACACCAAAUAUUCAACCGGGCACACUCAAAAUUAAUAACACUUACACUACCACAGAAAAAGAAACCGCUCAAGCACUACUGAACCAUUUUUACCCAAAAAACUCCGCCAACACCGAACCUAGACAUGUCGACCUCACAGAUAGGUCCGGCACACCUCCCGAUACCAGUAACGACCCACCCUUUACCAGCUUAGAAAUUUUAGAUGCCCUCAGCUCCAUCGGUCAUAACAAAGCCCCUGGACACGAUCACCUUACCAGCGACAUAUGUCUUACAGUAGCCAAAGCUUAUCCCGACUUGCUCAAAAACAUAUUGAACCGAUGUUUAGAAAUUGCUCACUUUCCUACACCCUGGAAAGCAGCAACAGUAAAAAUAAUACCCAAACCCGGUAAAACUGACUACACUGAACUUUCAUCAUACCGCCCCAUCGGUCUUAUACCAGUAUUCGGAAAGGUGCUAGAAAAGCUAUUAACCAAAAGAAUUACUUAUAACGCCCAUAAACAACACCUACUAAAUAAAAACCAAUUCGGCUUCACCGAACAAACAGGAACCACACAGGCAAUUCAAUCCGCUCUAGAAACAAUUAAAACGGCUAAACUUAACAAACAACUCGUCGUCGCAGUCUCACUAGACAUUAAAGCCGCAUUCGACAAUGCAUGGUGGCCAGCCGUCUUCGAAGGCCUCCGUCAAAUUCAGUGCCCGCGCAAUAUUUUCCACACUUUCCGUAGCUACCUUUCCAAUCGCUCGGUCACAAUACAUUUAGGGAAUACUACUCUUACGCAAUCCACAGAGAAAGGAUGCAUUCAGGGUUCUGCAUGUGGCCCCAUUCUGUGGAACAUCAUCAUUAACGACCUCCUUAGCAACAUCACUCUACCCUCAGGAUGUACCUUACAAGCCUACGCUGAUGACGUCCUUCUGAUUGCAUCGGCGAAGGACUUAGCAACCCUAGAGAACGCCCUCAAUAUAGCACUCGAAAAUAUUCGCAUAUGGGGCAAUAGCGUUAAACUACAAUUCGGUCCCACAAAAACUCAAUGCACUUCAUUUACGCCAAAAGCCACGCAGGCUGCAAUCUUUUUCGACAAUACUCCCAUUCGCUUUACCAACUCAUUUAAGUACUUAGGUGUUAUUAUCGAUAGCAAACUUAACUUUAACGAACAUAUCACGUACAUCACCAAUAAAGCACUAAGAAUCUUCCAAAAAAUUCAAAUAUACACCAGGCCCACCUGGGGGCCCCACCCGGAAAAUAUCAGAAUCAUUUACAAUAAAGUAAUUCAACCAAUAAUAACUUACGCUGCCAAUAUAUGGGGACACGUAGCAUCAAAAAUAUACGUCAAAAAUAAAUUAAUAAGCUUACAACGAAACUUCGCGAUUAAAGCCAUUCGUGGGUUCCGAACCAUAUCCUCCAACGCUGCCAUUGCCCUAGCUCGUUUCACACCUCUAGAUCUCAAAGUUUUAGAAACCCACGAAAUAGACACAACCCGUAUCAAUCGUACUACAAAUAGAAUCCCUAACGAUAUCCCCCUCGAAAAACCGGCAAACUUUUCAGACUUACUUCACCCAGCUGAACGUAUUUUAAUUCACACACCCACAACCGAUACAUACAAUCAAAUUAAUCACUCCGCAUAUCACCACAUUUACACAGACGGUAGCAAACACGAGAACGGCUCUACAGGCGCUUCUUUUGUGGUGUACCGCCCUCUUGAACGCACACACAAACACGUGCACACAAAACUCGUCAAACUUCACCACACCAGCUCUGUAUUUCAAGCAGAGCUUGUCGCUAUCAAACACGCAUGCACAUAUAUACACAACAAAAACAUCACCCACGCCAUCAUCCACACAGACUCACUCUCCUCAAUCUCUGCCCUCAAACAGAGCAACAACACACACCCCACCGUGACAGACAUACACAAAACACUUCACCAAAUCCAUUCCACGCACACUCACAACAAUAUACUCUUCAGCUGGGUGAAGGGGCACUCGGGUGUCGAAGGGAAUGAAGCAGCAGAUAAAGCCGCUAAUAAGGCCGCAACCGCUCAUAAAGCACCAGAUUUUAUUUCAUGCCCCAUUUCUUACAUCAAGAAAAUGAUCAAAGAUGAAACAUCACUAACUUCCCAAACUAGAUAUUCUAACGAAAGUAAAGGGUCCCACACCAAAAAUAUAUUCCCUCUUCUCACCGACAUUGAUACCUUCUUCAAAGCCAUUCCCGUUUCGUUUACGCGCAUCCGGGCGUCGUCUAGCGCAAUGCAGUUCCAUAACAAUAACAACGAAGAGAACCUUUCCCAUGCAAAUCGACGGAGAGCCAUGGAUGCAAACACCAUGCAAGAUAACAAUAACUCACAAGAACCAAGUUCCUAUGUUGAUGGGGCCAGCACCAGAGAAAGGCCGAAGCUUCUUCAAGAUUUUCACACACUGCUAGCCGUCCUGCUCACUGCUUAUGGAACGCUACAGACAAAAGUCGCUCUUGCGAUAUUAGUCACUGUUGUGACUAUCGCCUAUGGCCAGUGUCCUAACUGUCAAAAUGGAGCGGAAGCAUCAUCGCCCUAA